UAAAACGCUCGAACGUGGGUCUGUCAGGCGAACCUUCGACUGCUGGAGAUCUGCUGCGCUUCAAAGGGGAUAGAUAUAUUUGCUUCCACUAAGGCAGGAUGCUAAGUAGAAUGCUUAUGCUGGUAUUUGGAUUCAUCGCAGUGGCGCAUGGGACAUCCGUUACAAAUAUUUCUGAGGUGUUGAAUACAGGUGAAAGGACUUGGAUAUACUCAACAACAUGGAAUAAAAGCAAAUGUGUUUCUUAUAUAAAGUACGACAUACAAUGUUUACAUGGCUUUUGCUAUUAUUAUUACAAUUACUUCAGGAAGGGCUGCAAGAAGAGCGCCCCAGUUCGGAUUGCAGAAAUCCAGCAGAAGUGCCUCGUCACGGGUUACCGCGACAAGCCGUGCGUGGUGACGAGGAAAAGCUCCCCAUAUUAUAAGGAGGUGGACUCAAAGGUUCUUAUGCACUGGGAUGACAACAUUGGAUGUGGCGUCUACAAAGUCUUGCCUGCCCCAAGUAGACCUAAAGCGACAAGGGACCCUUCAGAGCUUCAAAAAUGCGAGCUGCACGUGAGAGACAAAGCAUUGAGACAUAGACGGAACAAUACGCUGGAUCUUAAGCCUUGCGAAGAGGCUUUGAAGAAAGAAUGCGGCGAAAAUCAUACUAGUUUAACUAACUACAGCUGCAUGUGUCCAAAUGAGUAACCCUAAGAGGAAAAAAUUGUGCUCAUUUGUUGCUUUACGUCGCACAAUUUCAAGACGACAUGAUAAGCAUAUUCCUUUCCUUUCUUUAUUUUCUGCAAACAUUACAAAUAAACAUUACUGCUGUUGCCGGA